UCGAAGCUCUCUGCAGUCAGUUUGCCAGAACUUCCUAAGGUCUCCAGGUGGCGGUUGCCUCUUGAAACAGCUCAUCACCAUGACCAAACUGAAUGCCCAAGUCAAAAGUUCCCUCAACACCACCACUCCAGGGUUGCAGAUAUGGAGGAUCGAGGCCAUGCAGAUGGUGCCAGUCCCCUCCAGCACCUUCGGCAGCUUCUUUGAUGGCGACUGCUACAUCGUCCUGGCCAUCCACAAGACGGGCAGCAAUCUGUCCUAUGACAUCCACUUCUGGAUCGGCCAGGCCUCGUCCCAGGACGAGCAAGGGGCGGCCGCCAUUUACACCACGCAGAUGGACGACUUCCUGAAGGGCCGGGCAGUCCAGCACCGUGAAGUCCAGGGCAAUGAGAGCGAUGCCUUCCGAGGCUACUUCAAGCAGGGCAUUGUGAUCCGGAAAGGGGGUGUGGCUUCCGGCAUGAAGCACGUGGAGACCAACUCUUAUGAUAUCCAGCGGCUGCUGCACGUCAAGGGCAAGAGGAAUGUGAUAGCCGGAGAGGUGGAGAUGUCCUGGAAGAGUUUUAACCGGGGGGAUGUUUUCCUCCUGGACCUCGGGAUGCUCAUCAUCCAGUGGAACGGGCAUGAAAGUAACCGCAUGGAGAGACUCAGGGGCAUGAACCUGGCCAAGGAGAUCCGGGACCAGGAGCGUGGCGGGCGGGCCUACGUGGGCGUGGUGGAAGGGGAGGACGAGAAGGCCAGCCCUCAGCUGAUGGCCAUCAUGAACCACGUGCUAGGCCAGCGGAGAGAGCUGAAGGCCGCCGUGCCGGACACGGUGGUGGAGCCGGCUCUCAAGGCCAGCCUCAAGCUGUUCCAUGUGUCUGACUCAGAGGGAAAGCUGGUGAUUAGAGAAGUUGCCACAAGGCCCCUCACUCAAGACCUGCUGAAUCAUGAGGACUGUUACAUCCUGGACCAGGGUGGCCUGAAGAUCUACGUGUGGAAGGGAAAGAAUGCCAAUGCUGAGGAGAGGAAGGGAGCCAUGAACCAGGCAUUGAACUUUAUCAAAGCGAAGCAGUACCCACCCAGCACCCAGGUGGAGGUGCAGAAUGACGGGGCCGAGUCAGCCGUCUUCCAGCAGCUCUUCCAGAAGUGGACAGUGCCCAACCGGACGUCAGGCCUGGGCAAAACCCACACUGUGGGUUCCGUGGCCAAGGUGGAACAGGUGAAGUUUGAUGCCGCGUCCAUGCACGUCCAGCCUCAGGUGGCUGCCCAGCACAGGAUGGUUGAUGAUGGCAGCGGGGAUGUGCAGGUGUGGCGCAUCGAGGACCUGGAGCUGGUCCCUGUGGAGUCCAGGUGGCUGGGCCACUUCUACGGGGGUGACUGCUAUCUGCUGCUCUACACCUACCUCAUCGGAGAGAAGAAGAACUAUCUGCUCUACACCUGGCAGGGCAGUCAGGCCAGCCAGGAUGAAAUUGCAGCCUCAGCCUAUCAGGCUGUCUUCCUGGACCAGCAGUACAAUAAUGAACCGGUCCAGAUCCGGGUCCCAAUGGGCAAGGAACCGCCCCAUCUCAUGGCCAUCUUCAAAGGACAAAUGGUGGUCUACCAGGGAGGUACCUCCCGGGCAGGCAACACAGAGCCCGAGCCCUCCACCAGGCUGUUCCAGGUCCGGGGAACCACUGCGAACAACACCAAGGCCUUCGAGGUCCCAGCCCGGGCCUCCUCCCUCAACUCCAAUGACGUCUUCCUCCUCAAGACCCAGUCCUGCUGCUACCUGUGGUGUGGGAAGGGCUGCAGUGGGGAUGAACGGGAGAUGGCCAAGGUGGUCGCUGACAUCAUCUCCCGGACGGAGAAGCAAGUGGUGGUGGAAGGGCAGGAGCCAGCCAACUUCUGGAUGGCCCUGGGCGGGAAGGCCCCCUACGCCAAUUCCAAGAGACUGCAGGAGGAAAAUCUGGUCAUCACGCCCCGGCUCUUCGAGUGUUCCAACCAGACCGGGCGCUUCCUGGCCACGGAGAUCCCCGACUUCAAUCAGGAUGACUUGGAAGAGGAUGAUGUGUUCCUGCUAGAUGUCUGGGAUCAGGUCUUCUUCUGGAUCGGGAAGCAUGCCAACGAGGAAGAGAAGAAGGCUGCGGCCAUCACUGUGCAGGAGUACCUCAGGACCCACCCCAGCGGUCGUGACCCUGAGACCCCCAUCAUUGUGGUGAAGCAGGGAUACGAGCCCCCCACCUUCACGGGCUGGUUCCUGGCUUGGGACCCCUUUAAGUGGAGUAAUGUCAAAUCCUACGAGGAACAGAAAGAGGAGCUUGGAAAUUCUGUGAACUGGGACAGGAUCUCUUCUGAGAUGACAAGCCAUAAACCAGAUGUGUUCCAUGCUAACAGCAACCUCAGUUCUGGGCCUCUGCCCAUUUUCCCCCUGGAGCAGCUGGUGAAUGUGCCUGCAGAGGAGCUCCCUGAGGGUGUGAACCCCAGCAAGAAGGAGGCUCACCUGUCCACUGAGGAUUUCACCAAGGCCUUGGGCAUGACUCCAGAUGCUUUCUAUGCUUUGCCUCAGUGGAAGCAACAAAACCUCAAGAAAGAAAAAGGACUAUUUUGAGAAGCAAAUUGCUGUGGUUGCAAAGCAACACCCUGUUCUGCUUGCAGUUUUUUUCUUAAUUGUUAAUUGAAGUAAAAUUUUAGUUGU